GUGGCAGCAGACCAAGUGGAAGAUGCAACAACAGUCACUUUGGUCAAUCCUCCCUCUGAUGCCGAGGUGGAAGUAACCUCAAAUAUUGCACAAGAUGAUGGUCCUAGAAGUGCAGAUCUGUUUGACUUGCUUAGCAGUUCUCCUCAAAUAUCUAGCAAUUCGGAACACAGUAGAAAUUCAGCAAACACAUCUCUUCUAUCCAGGUCUUCCAAGGAAACUGAGAGUGAGGGUAGUACCCCAGUGUCCAUCGGAAGGCGAAGGAGGAAUAAGAAAGAGUCAUCAGCAGGGGACACAAGUGAGGAAGAGACAGUUCUGCCUCCCAAAGUUUCUCGCACAUCCCGCAGUGUGUCACGAGGGUGUCCAAAGCGAGAGACUCGUUCAUCAUCACAGUCAUCUGACAACAUUCAACCAUCUCCUUCAGCGGAAACUAGCCAACAAUAUCUGGAGAGAUCCAGCGAAUCUGUAUACCUUACUCCACCAUCAAAAGAAACGAACAGUAAUUCAUUCACAACCCCUGUUCAAAUGGCUUCUGCUUCUGAUAAAAAGUUGCAUUCUUUGAGAAGUAGGAAAAAUGCCAAGACAUCUUCAAAUACUUCUGAAGAUAGAGUUUCAGUAGAAGAUACUUCAGAGUCAUCUUCAAGUGGGGAAAUUCUGCAUCAGAUAGCUGGUAAAAAAGCACGAGUAAAUGCCAAGAAUACAGAACUGUCAUCUCAGUCAUCACUGUCUCCAAAGAAAACACGAUCAAGAUCUCGAGUUUCAACCCCAAGUGAUGAUGCUACACCUGUUCGCAGGUCUGCAAGAAUUGAAUCUUCUACAGCAAGUGACUCAGACAAGACCCCAAAUACUGGUCGAUCAGCUAGUACCGACACUGGUCUGCGAAGAAGCAGAGCUAAGAAGUAUUCUCCGACCUCAAGCGCUGAUGAUCAGAGAGUACGAAGCACUCGCCAACGAGGUCGUUCAUCUAACAAGCAGGCAGUCAACGUACAAGCACAUCAAAGAAAUAAUUUCAGCAAAAUUUUUAUUUUAAUAGGAACAUUCUAAUUUUCAUUUCCUGUUGAAAGGUUUGAUUACUUUGUACAUCUUCUUAUUAUAAAUACUUGCACUAUAACUGAAUGAAUUUUUUUUUUGUUGUUUUUUUUUUACUUUUUUUUUUUUUUACUUUUUUUUCUCUUCUAUAGUUAAUGUUUUAAUAUCUAGCCAAGCAUAAAGAAUUUUAAUUCCUAAAAUUUCUAUCACUGUUAAAAAAAAAAUUUUCAAUAAGUGUUCUUGAGUUAUAAUGAUGUAAUGGAAAAAUAACAUUUUAAAAAUUAUAAAAUUUUGUGAAAUGAAUCAUAUUGAAUUUGUGAAUUUUGUUAAUUUGUUACUCCAAGUGUUUUACAAUUUUUUGAAUGGAUUAAGCUAAAAUUUGGUUAAAAUGUACAUUUUUAUAGUACAUUUUUAUUUCAAUUUCUUGGGGUACAAAAUUAAUUUGAGUGGCCCUAAAUAUUGCAGAAUUUAAAUUAGUUUUAUUUCACUAGAGAUCAUGGCUGAAUUUAUCGUUCAUUACUAUUGUCAGAUUAUAUUACAAACAAAACAGAUCUCUGGUUAUACUACGUUUAUGUACAAGUUUGUUGUGUCUUGCAUUUCAUUAUUGAAUAGAAUAAAGUAAAAUUACAAGUUUAGAGAAAUGGACUUGAAUAUAUUCACUUAACUUAUUGAAGAUGUUUUGGUAAUUUGAUCUUGAGUAAUUCCAUAUAUAGGGGCAAGAAAGUGUGGUGUUAAUAGUGGUAGUGGUGAUAUUUAUAGUAACUGGUAGUAGUCAGUGAAGGUUGCUGGAAGUGGAGAAAUGUUUAUGUCAGUGUUGUGUCACAUGGCAGUCUUAUGGAAGUAUGUUCUAUCUUAUUGGCUAAUGUAACUGAAAUAUUAUAACUGCUAGCUUGUUGAAUGAUGGUGUUGGAGGUGGCAAUGACUGGCACUUCAAGGCAUCUUCGUGGUUUUAAAUCAGGUUCCCAGUAGAGCAAAUUAAAGUCUUAAUGCAUGAGAUGUCUCUCAGUGUUUGUAUGUGAGAUACACAUGUUAGCUUCAUUCCUGCUGCAAGUAUUUUUAUGUUCACAAAUUCUCAUGAACAAUUCUCUUGAGUUUUUCCCACUUAAGCCUUGUUGCAUUGUCCUAAGAGGAUGGUAUAUACUGUACUCCCAUUUUCUGAAGAAGGAACAUCAGAUGAACACUUUUUUGGUGAGAUCACUAACUGAAGUGGUGGCUUGUAUGUUACUCAUGGCUAAAGCUUGUGUGGUGUGUACCUGUAUCAGUGCAAGUUAACUCCAGAAAUUUUGGCUUAUCUCUGGUAUCUGGUAAUUUGUGUGGAAUGGUUUGAUCUCUGCUUCUGCAAUCCUGAGUGAAAUGAGGGCAAUGAAAACAAUAAAUGUCAAAUGUAGGUACGUUCUUCUUUCAAGCAUACUUUAAGAUUAAAAUAAUGCCCAACCUUAUUAGGUGCUUUGGUGCAACAAAAAUUAAUUCUGGCUUGGCAGCGUGUAGCAGGACAUAACAGGAUUUCCUAAUGCUUUUCACUGCAUGCCCAGUGGCUUCUAGGCUUGUGUUGUGGAUGGAUAUGUGUCUGUGGUCUUCCUGCUGAUGUGAUCUUUAAUCCUGAUUUUAUCAGACAUUUUUUGCUUCAGGAAAUCUUGGGACAUCCUGCUAUGAGUUGCCAGGUCUGCAUUAAUUUUUUUUUUGCACUGAAACACCUAACAGGGUCAGGUAUUAUUUUGACAUAAAAAUAUGGUAGGUGCCUCUACCCAACAUAUUUUAAUGAUGAGCACUACAUGUUGAGUACUUGGGAAGAAUCCCACUAUGAUGAUGUGGUGUUUGGCAUAAAAACUUUGGUGUGGAGAGAAAUAUGCAAGGUUGUCCUUGUUAGUAGACUUCCUAUAAACCUUGAUGGACACUAUCUUUCUUGGGUGCUCUACACUGUUGAGGAAGGGAAGCUUACCAUUGGCUUUGAAUUCAAGUGUAAAUGUGAUCUUUGAGUCUAUGUUGUUGAUUUUUAUAUAGAGGCUUUUGUAGAGUAGAGAACUAGGAUUGUGUUUACAUACUGGAGCUGUGUGACAGUUGUGAGCCCUAGAAAAUGAAAGGCUUCAGUUCCUAUGUUUUGAAAAAUUUGUCUUCAGAGAAGAAGGAUGGAGACAAAGCCAACAAGUGAUGAAAAAGACAUAUACAGAGAGGAACUUUAUUGAGAUGCUUCACCCAUGGACAGGUAAAACGUCUCAAGUUGAAGUUAACACACAAGUCCAAGAGUGCAAUAAAGUCAAGGUGGGACAAAGCAAGGAUGUGUUCAUCAGUGAGCUUUCUAUGGAGAAUAUUAAUGGUAUAGAGUUAAUUGCAACAAUAGUGAAGAGGGAAGCGAUGUCAAAGGAUGUUGUGUGUUCCUCAUGUUGAUCUUGGAGAUGCAUCUCAGUAAAUCCCCAGAAUGUUUAAGGUGUGCAAGACUGACAGUACCAAGAACCAGGUGACCAGCAAGUUCGUGAGGAUGGGGGGGGGGCACACCCUAUACUUGAGAUAAUAGAUCUGAUGGUAAUGCCUGGUUUGUGUGUUACGCGAGGCUAAGUCUGGUGGAUCUAGGCUACCUAGGAGGAAGUGCAUAAGAACUCCCACACAAAAUGAACGUAUAACCAACUAUUGAUUUUACACUUGAAAUCUUAAUUGAUGGUAAGCUUCCUUGCUUUAACAAGCCUGUAGAGCACCUGAGAAAGAGGCAAUUUCUUUUGAGGAUUAUAGGGAUUCUGCCAAUAAGGAUGACCUUGUGCAUUUUUCACAUCAUGAUUCUUGCACCAAAUAAUGAUGUGCUCAUAGGAUUCUUCUUGAGGGCUCUAUGUAUCUGUAGCCCUGAGUUGUUGGAAAAAGAAUUCAUCUACAUUUGAUGAAGAUUUACUUGUUCUCACUUUUCUCACUGUAGAAGUAGAGCUCAAACCAUUCUACACAAUCCACUGACUACCAGUGAUAACUGAAAAUUUCUGGCAUUAGCCUUCAUUGAUGUAGGAAUACACAUCAUGUAUAAAUUACCAAAAGUAGUAUACAAGUCACCACUAUUGUCACCAUUUCAAUUGGUGACCUCACCAAGAGAAAAUCUCCAGUGAAUGUUCCCUCUAGGAAAAUUGGAAUACAGUAUACAGCAUGAACAUAAUGCCCACAGCAGGGAUGAUGCUAAUAAAUGUGUCAUGCAGAAACAUUGAAAAACAUCUUUUGCAUUGACAAGAUGCUAAUAUGGUCUACUGGGAACCAGAUUUAAAACAAUGAAGGUGCCUUGAAGCUUCACUCAUUGCCACCUCUUACCACCAAUGCUCAAAAGGCUGCCAGUUAUAUUUCAGUUACAUUAGUCCAUAUGUUAGAUCAUACUUCCACUUAAGUGCAACAUAUCACAGCAGUGAGAUAAACUUUUCUUCACUUUCAGCAAUCUUCACUGAUUACUUACUCUACUGCUACCAGCCAUACAAACAGUAAUAUAACCACCACUACUAAUACUACAGUCUCUUGUCUCUAUAUAUAGCAUGUCUACUCUCAUACUCCUCUUAUAUUUAAAGUGAUCAAGGUCCAAGGACUGAAACUGCUUCAAUUAGAGGUGUCUCAGUGAAGCAUGUGUUCAUUUCUCUCAAAUUGUUGGCAGUCAGUUUCCCUCUUAUUACAUAAACCUACAAGGAAAGAAUUUAUUUUUUAAUAUACUUCUUUUAAAAAAUUACUUUAAAUUUAUUUUAUAAGUGUCUUAGGAUCAUUCUGUAGAGGAAUAACUUUCAUAUAUGCCAGAAGGAAAGAAGAUUUUCCCAAAAUCAUUAAUAUGUAGGCAUAUAUAUAACAAGCAGAGUGUAGUAAAUAUGUGUCAUACCAUUUAUGAAAUUUUUUGAAAUAAAUUUAACUAAUGAA